CCUCCUCCUCCUCCACCACCACCUCCUCAUCGACGUCGUCGUCGUCCUCUCCUUCCGCCGCCGCCGCCGCCGACCGCCCUCUGUCCGGAGCGAAGCGCUCGAGCCAACAGCUCCCGCCUCCUCGCGCGCCGCAAGAUGCCGGAGAAGAGACCGUUCGAGCGGUUGCCGACCGACGUGACCCCCAACAACUACGCGCUGUGUCUGAAGCCCGACCUGAUCGACUUCACGUUCGAGGGCAAAGUGGAGGCCUCGGUGGAGGUAAAACAGGCAACCAAUCAGAUUGUUAUGAACUGUGCUGAUAUAGACAUCAUUACAGCCUCGUAUGUCCCAGAAGGUGGAGAAGAAAUAAAUGCGACUGGAUUCAAUUAUCAAAACGAAGAUGAGAAGGUGACUCUGUCAUUUCCCAGUGCUCUCCAAAAAGGUCAUGGUACUCUGAAGAUUGAUUUUGUGGGAGAGCUCAAUGACAAAAUGAAGGGAUUCUACAGAAGCAAGUAUACAACAUUGUUGGGAGAAGUACGCUAUGCUGCCGUGUCUCAGUUUGAGCCGACAGAUGCUCGGAGAGCAUUUCCGUGUUGGGACGAACCUGCCAUAAAAGCAACGUUUGACAUCACCCUGAUCGUUCCAAAGGACAGAGUUGCCUUAUCAAACAUGAAUGUGACUGAGCGUAAGCCAAAUCCUGACGAUGAAAACAUGGUUGAAGUCCAGUUUGCCAAAACGCCGAUAAUGUCUACCUACUUAGUGGCAUUUGUUGUGGGUGAAUAUGACUUUGUGGAAUCCAGGUCAUCUGAUGGCAUUCUAAUCCGUGUCUACACACCUGCUGGGAAAUCGGAACAAGGAAAAUUUGCUUUAGAGGUUGCUGUCAAGACUCUACCUUUUUAUAAAGACUACUUUGAUGUUCCUUAUCCUCUUCCAAAAAUUGACCUCAUAGCAAUUGCGGACUUUGCAGCAGGUGCCAUGGAAAAUUGGGGCCUUGUAACGUACAGAGAAACUGCUCUCUUGAUCGAUCCCCAAAACUCCUGCGCAUCAUCCAAGCAGUGGGUGGCUUUGGUCGUCGGCCAUGAACUUGCUCAUCAGUGGUUCGGAAAUCUCGUCACCAUGGAAUGGUGGACCCAUCUGUGGUUAAAUGAAGGCUUUGCUUCCUGGAUUGAAUAUCUCUGCGUUGACCACUGCUUCCCAGAAUAUGACAUCUGGACCCAGUUUGUGUCUGCAGACUACACACGGGCACUUGAACUUGAUGCUCUGGACAACAGCCAUCCUAUUGAGGUCAAAGUAGGACAUCCAGCAGAAGUGGAUGAAAUAUUUGAUGCCAUCUCUUAUAGCAAAGGAGCCUCGGUUAUUCGAAUGCUGCAUGAUUAUAUUGGAGAUGAGGAUUUCAGGAAGGGAAUGAACUUGUAUUUAACAAAAUUUCAAAAUAAAAACGCCGCAACAGAGGAUCUAUGGGACUGUUUGGAGAAAGUAAGUGGAAAGCCUAUUGAUGCUGUGAUGAGCUCGUGGACCAAACAGAUGGGCUUCCCUCUCAUUUAUGUUGAAGAAGAGCAGCAAGGUGAAGACAGAAUACUGAAGCUUUCCCAGACGAAAUUCUGUGCCAGUGGAUGUAACGAAGGUAGUGAUCAAAUUCACUGGAUGGUCCCUGUUAGUAUCUGCAGCAGUGAUCCCACCUGUGUUAAUAUGAAGGUGUUAUUGGAUCAGCCAGAGAUGACCGUCACUUUGAAGAAUGUGAGACCGGACCAGUGGAUAAAGUUGAACCCAGGAACGGUGGGAUUCUGUCGUAUCCAGUACAGCACACCAAUGCUGGACAACUUACUGCCGAGCAUCCGGGACCUUUCACUCCCUCCUGUAGAUCGACUAGGGCUCCAGAACGACUUGUUCUCGCUGGCUCGGGCUGGCAUUGUCAACACUGUGGACGUUUUGAAAAUCAUGGAGGCCUUUGUGAAUGAGCCAAAUUACACAGUGUGGAGUGAUUUAAGCUGCAAUCUGGGAACGCUUUCUACAUUAUUAUCCCACACUGAAUUCCAUGAAGAAAUUCAAGAAUUUGUUAAAUGUCUGUUCUCGCCCAUUGGACAGAAGCUGGGCUGGGACCCGAGACAUACUGAGGGUCACCUAGAAGCGCUCCUGCGAGGCCUGGUUUUGGGGAAGCUGGGGAAAGCCGGUCACACACCAACGCUAGAGGAAGCGAGGCGCAGGUUUAAAGAUCACGUUGAGGGAAAGCAAGUCUUGUCGGCUGACCUACGGAGUCCUGUAUAUUUAACCGUUCUGAAGCAUGGUGAUGCCGCAACACUAGAGACAAUGUUGAAGCUCCAUAAACAAGCAGAUCUUCAGGAAGAAAGGGUUCGAAUUGAACGAGUACUAGGUGCCAUCUCGCACCCUGACCUCAUUCAGAAAGUUUUGACCUUUGCUAUGUCGGAGGACGUCCGUCCCCAGGAUACAGUCUCUGUACUCGGUGGAGUAUCGAGUGGCAAUCUAAUGGGUAGGAAAGCUGCCUGGAAAUUCGUAAAGGAUAACUGGGAUGAACUGUACAAUCGCUACCAAGGAGGCUUUUUAAUAUCAAGAUUAAUUAAGUUGACGGUUGAAGGAUUUGCCGGUGACAAAAUGGCAGCUGAAGUCAAGAGCUUCUUCGAGACUCAUCACGCCCCCGCUGCAGAACGCACCAUCCAACAGUCCUGUGAGAACAUCUUGCUGAAUGGAGCGUGGCUAAAACGUGACGCCGAAGCAAUCCAUCAGUACCUGCUGCAGCGCAAGGGGCUACCGGCCACAGUCUGAACACAAGAUCCUGAACCACCAAUACCCACUGCCUUGCCACGGGGAGGGGAGUUUGAAAGUAUAUUUUCACAGCUAGAACCUGUGUCACCUUUUGCAGUGAUUGGAAAUGAAUGUAGUUUAUACCUCAUUUUGAAAAGAGA